UACUUACUCGCUAGACCGAGCCUGGUCCUGAUGCUGGAAAGGGGAGACCAGCCCUGCGUGAGCAACAACGGCAAGAAUGGCAUGGCCACCAACCCGCUGAGCAGCGACAGUGCGGACCCACAAGCCUUGAAGGAGAACGCCAAGGCGCCUCCGCCCACGGCCCUGUCUUCGCCUCCCACCACGGAGCCCCCCAAGCCUGCCCGCCCUCGCCGCCCCCGGCCCCCCGCCGUGCUCCCCUCGGAGCGCCCGUACCAGUGCAAAGACUGCGGCAAGCGCUUCGUGUACCGCUCCAAGCUGGCCACCCACCAGUGGACCCACUGCGCCGAGCGCCCCUACAAAUGUCCCGAUUGCCCCAAGAGCUUCAGCUACCCUUCCAAGCUGGCCGCCCACCGCCGAACCCACACGGGCGAGCGGCCGUACCCCUGCACCCUGUGCCCCAAGCGCUUUGGACACCGCUCCAAGCUGGCCGCCCACCAGUGGAUCCACACCCCGGAGCGCCCCUACAAAUGUGCCGACUGCCCCAAGAGCUUCUGCUACCCCUCCAAGCUGGCCGCCCACCGCCGCACGCACACGGGGCAGCGCCCUUACCCCUGCACCCGCUGCGGGAAGAGCUUCUGCUAUCCGUCCAAGCUGGCCGCCCAUCAGCAGAUCCACGCGGCCGCCGCGGCGGGACGUCCCUACCCGUGCAUGCGCUGCAGCAAGAGCUUCCGGCAGCUCCGCAACCUCACGCUCCACCAGCGGGUGCACGAGGACGCCGAGGCGGAGAGUGACUUGUCCCAAAACAAGGGCCACAGCAACGGGGAGAGGCCUUAGGGCAGAGCUUUCGGGGACUGGACAACGGGAGGGAGGAGGGUGGUUGGAGUUUGAACACUUGGUGGCUGCGGUGGGAUCAUUUUGUAUGUAGCUGAACAUGACGAGGGAGGGAUUUGGAAUUACGUGGAGACGCCCCUCUGUUGACUCACAGCCUCUCGGCCCGUGGUGCUGUUUGCUUCUCCCGGCCCUCCCAAGUCGAAGCGCUCCUCAGACCCACUUGUGUACAGUCCACUGACAAACGAUCCGAGUUCUUUACUAAGAGUCACUCCAAUUCUGCAGCAAGGAAGAACGUAUUCUGCGACCUGAAUAACGUCUGCGACCUUGUACGUCGGGUUUAUUUCGCUUGGACCUGUCUCCUUUCAGCUCGUGUCGAGGAAUCGUACAUAACACCGAGGUCCCACUCUCCCACACAGAAAUCCGUUCCUUACGAAAUCCGUUUUGGGAAAUGACACUUUGACUCCCCACCCUCACCCCAAUUUUUAGCAUCACAAGAAAGCAGAAUUCUGUCUUUGCUUUGCACAGGGGGAGAGAUGAACUGUCCAGUGCUGGGGCGGUAUGUAUUUUGUGGCUUUUUCAUUUGCACAUGUGCACAACAACUGUAAUAAGAACCCCUUUGGAAUCUCUCUCCUUGUAGUUGGGAGACCUGCCCUUGCCAAUGUUCUGAACGUCAGUUAUGUACUGCAGCCUACCCGGUGUUUUGUGAACUGGGGUGGGGCUUAAAUCAUGUGAUUCCCAAAAUGGGAGGCUGAAAAACACAGUAGCGAGCUAUGGUAUAUCGCUCUGGCCCUGUGUGACUGGAAGCCCUGUCUGAUCUAACAUGCCUGUUUUAAGGGACAAAAAAGGCUUCAAGCCCUUGUGAAGGCAAAGGUAAGCCUGAAAAAAGGAAACAUAUUUGGAAUUCCUGGACCGCAUCAGAGGCCAGAAGAGCGAUUCUGCACAACCGAAGCCUGCCCGUUCCAUGUCUAACCGAAGCAGAAUAACUUUUGCAAA